AUGAAGAAUGAGAUCAAGUUGUUAACUCAAAGAAUGGAGAAUUUUGAGAAGCACCAAAAGAUGCAAGAUAACCAGAUAGCCCAGAUAGCCGAAUCUAUUUCAAGAGCACAAAGAACAUUUCCAGGGAAGCCAGAUAUAAAUCUAGUAGAGCAUUGCAACCACAUUGAGCUGAGGAGCGGACGUAUUAUGGGGGAUCCCCAAAUCAUUACCCAGAAGGAACUUGACUCAGAGAAGGAGCCCUCUCUCCUAAUGCCCAAUCUGACUCAAAACAGGAAUGGAGAGGAGGCUACUAAAAAGGUUGAAAAAACUCUUCAAGUUCCCCCACAGAAUCAGACGAUUCCCUUUCCUCAUAAACUGAUAACAUCCCAGAAGGAUAAAGAGUUCAACCGAUUCCUUAAGAAGAUCAAGGAGAUUUGCAUAGAAGUACCACUGAUAGAUGCAUUGCACCAAAUGCCGAAGUUCGCAAAGUUCUUAAAGGGUAUCUUAUCUAACAGGAGGCAGAAGGGCGACUUCGAGACCGUAACAUUAAUAGAGAAUUGCAGCGCUCUCCUUACGGUAAAUUCUCCACCAAAGCUUCAGGAUCCAGGAAGUCUCUCCAUACCGUGCAAGAUUGGAUCUGAACAGAUACCGAGAGCUUUCUGUGACUUGGGGGCCAACGUUAGCCUACUUCCGUACUCUUUAUGCAAGAAGCUGGGCCUCCAGAACAUUAAACUGACCACUAUGGCACUAUAA